AUGCAUGCGACUCUGAAAAUCGCCAUUUUCGGCCUUGCCUCUCUGGCUGCUGCAGUGCCAUCCUCCCCCAACGCUGACGCCGGUGCACUCUUUGCCAUUGAAAAGAGAUGCACAGGACUCUAUGCCAGAUGCAACGACGACUGCUGUGGCUCGUUGACCAGCUGCAACUAUAUUCCCAUCUGCGGCAAUAACCGCUGCGUGUCAUAUGACCCCGCUAUUACCUACAACCCUACUUGCAACUAA